UUUCCCACAAUGCAUCGCGCCGCUCGGUUGCCAGGACUCUGGAGAAGCUGAUGGCCGCUGAGAUUGGAGGGUUACAGAAAGCAGACCUGAGAGAUCCUCAUGUGACCCACACAACCUGCGGCGGUAGCCUGGAACUGGGCGCUUUCAUUCCGUGCAGCUGCACCCCCUAACAGUCAUGCUAAAUAUGUUAGCGCUUACCAGACCUGAGGGCGGGCCUAAAUAUAUUGGAUUAAUAUGGCAGACACCUGUGUGAUCACCCUCAGCUGUGAAACUGUUUAUCUGCACAACUAAAUCUCACAAUGGAGAGUGAGACCAUGAAUGGUAGGAUGAAGAACUCUGACAUUGCUGAGACCCAGAGCAGCUUCCUGCCGGCUAUGAAAGCUCUCCCGAUUUCAGCUGUUAAACAGAACACUGUCCUACAGACACUUGUGGGCGGUGCAGGGGAACCUGAAAAAGAAUGUGACAGGGAGGAUAUGCUGAGAGCGCAGGAGGAGUGGGAGGCCUUAGAAACCUUGCAGACUGGGCUGCACAGUGAAAAAUCAGGGCUCCUGGGAGACUUUCCUGGACAGACCAGUUUAAUCUCCUUUAAUGAAGCACUUCAGUACUUCCAGACAGCAGAUAUGUCCGAGUACAAAAAGAAGAUUCAGCCUGCAGUCCGGCGCUCAGGACUCUCUCUCAUUUCUCACCUGCUGUUUGGGCCUCCGCGACUUAGCAAGGAACUUCAUGCAGAGCGGGACCUGGUGCUUGCUAUUGCGCAGUGUCCCCUGGACAGCAGUCAGCAGGUUCACAUCAGAGUCCUACAGACCAUAUACAAGAGGCUGACAGGGGCCAGAUUUGACUGCCCACUCUAUGGAUCACACUGGGAGCAACUAGGAUUCCAAGGCCUAGAUCCAAGCACAGACCUUCGAGCGGCGGGACUGCUGGGCCUGAUGCACCCUUUGUACAUGGCGAUGGAGCCCAAAACACUGCCUCUGGCUCAUGAUAUUUUCAGACUGUCACAGCACCACACACAGAAUUUCCCAUUCUGCAUUAUGUCCAUCAACAUCACCAGAAUCUGCCUCCAAGCUCUUAGAGAAGAACGAGUCUCCAAGGAAUGCAAUCGCCGACAGCAGGUUUUUGCUGUGCUCAAUGACUUCUAUGUGGCAACAUUCUACCACCUCUACCACAUAUGGAAGACACAGAACAAAACCAUUAGUGAUUCAGGCUUUGUCCUGAAAGAAGUGGAGUCCUUUGCCAAGAGAAACCCCAAGGAAUUAUUGCGCCAGCUGGACAUUUAUCUGCAGGAGCGGCCUCUGCCCAAAGACCUGUCCCCAGAAAUUUGGGACCAGCAACCAAUAGAAUCUUCUAACCAGAACAGAAGCAAUGGGAAUAUUUGCUUUACAGGCGUGUGUGAACAGCAAGUGCAAGAGGACAGGCUAAUCUAAGUGAGAAGGGAAAAAUAAAUCUAAUAUUUUAUACUUAAAAGGAGCACAAGGGAUUGUAGUCUUUACACAAUGUCCCAGCAGCUGGAAUCUGUCGUCUGUAAGAGUGAACAGUGAUCCUGGGAUCAAGCACUUCAGGCAGCAGGGCUGUCCAAAUGGAGGCACGUGUGCCAGAUGUGGCACUUCAAGGUUUUUUUUUUUUUUUUGUUUUUUGUUUUUUUUUUAUAGCCCCCUGUCUGACAAUGGGCUCAAUAGACUGCUGUGUAUCUUUAUAUUAUCCAACCCUUGGACAAUAUGUUAGCUUAUUAGCACACUACAUGGAAACAGCUGGAACAGGGCUGCUUAUUUAACAAACACAAAAGCUUAGACUGUCCUGAUACUGGACUAACUCAUCAGCCCAGCAAGAACACUACGUUCCACUCCCCGCUCAGCUUUACCAUAGUGGUGCAAACGUACUUAUUCCCUAUACAGUGCCAGUAAUCUGCCUCUUGACCUAAUUUUGAAUAUUUAUACCAACAGCAUAUUUUAGUUUAUUCAUAACAUGAAAAUGUGAAAAAAGAUUAUAUAUAUUUUUUUUAGUUUUCAGCGCAUUGAAAUACAAAUACAGAAAACCAGAUUUCCAUGGAGAAUUUUGCAGCAAAAUGAGGGAAUUGAUCUGUGGUCUGAAUACUUUAGCAAGGCUCUGUAUGUGAUUGUGCGAAUGCCCAGUAUGAAUAUUAUCGUUUUACUUAUAUCUGAGCCAAUCAUUUUCACUCGCUGUCAUAUAGAGCAAGUGGGACUGCUCCCCUUUGAAACCUCAUGGCAUAUUGCAUGCAGAGAUGCUCGGCCUGAGGUCCUCUUGACUGGCUGAACUGCAGCCUCCCUUAACAGCAUUUGAGCAGCUAGUGAGCCAAUGGAGACAUCAUUCGACUCUUUCCUUCUCUCAUAGAUGUACUGAAAAUAUCUAUCAAUUGUUGUGCAGUUUUAUCCUUUUGUAUUUAUAUUUACCUUAAAAUGGGCCCUGCAUACUGUGAAUGGAAGAGAUGGGCACUGCAGGAGUGAUGAGAUACCGGCGGCUUCAUGUUCUUUAUCCAUGUUAGACUACAUGCCCAUACAGUUAGACUGGAUCCAUAUAGUGUGGGUCUAGGCAGAAUUGUGUUGGUAAGUUCUUGUUUCUAAGUUAAACAGUGUAGAAUAUAGAAAAUCGUGUAUCUUUGUUCAAGAAAACCAUGUUUUGCACUAGCUAUGUCUGUAACGGGACCUAGCAGUCUCUUAAUCAAAAUAAAUAUUUUACAACA